AUGGAUGAUCUGAAUGACUUAAUUUGGGGUUCUGGUUCCAAUAAAUCUCAAAAUCAAAAAAAUAACAAUACUUCAUUAAAUGCAAUGCGAGGUAUACCAGCAACUCUACCGAAAAAUUCAGCAACACUUUCUACAUCACCAAUCAAAUCUACAACAUUUAAUUCAUCCAAUCAAAAUAAUUUCCUUUCUCAAGCUAUAAAUGUUAAUUCUCCUAAAAUUUAUUCUUCAAAUUAUUUAUAUAGUAAUAACAAUAAAUCACCAAGUAUUUCGCCAAGUUUAUCUUCAACUUCAAAUAAUAACAGCGUAGAAUCAUUAGAUGAUCUUUUGCCUUUUAAUAAGAAACCACCAAGUUUAUCAUUAGCGGAAAAACAAGGAAAAGGUUCAAGUGCGCGAGAGAAAACCGGAGAUAUAUAUGAUAUUUUGUCAAAAGAAAAUCCAUGUGAAAUUUCUGAAUCGAUAUAUCGAGAUUCUUCAAAUAAUCAAAUAAGUUCGCAAAAUGUUCCUCAUUUAAAACCCACGUCGAGGGAGAUUCAAUGGGAUUUGAAUUUAUUAUCUAAUGAUGAUACAACUAACAACAAGGCGCAAAACACGGUCUCUUCAACAACCGAUGAUUUAAUGGUUUUUGGAUUUGCUGAAAAACAAACUAAAUAUUCAUCACCUGCUUCCACUUUUAACGUUGAGGAGGAUGAUAAUCCUUUGGGAGAACUGGCAAAACCAAUUUCGGCAAAAAAGGAUGCGUCAUCACAUAAUAAAGAAAAGGAUUUAAGCAACAGUUCAAAACCAAGAAAUGAAUUUAAAGAUCAUUUGAUUGCACAAAUUGUUGACAUGGGGUUCUCGGCAGACGAAGCGGAAGCUGCAUUGGCUGCUACGGAUAAUGGUGAAGAUGUUUCAUCUGCAAUUGAAAUCCUUAUACAACAGUGUGAAACUAUAGAUAAAAUUCCUAGUAAUCAAGCCCCUAAAAGUGGAUCAAAUAAAUCACAACCAUAUGGCAUGGGUCGUCGAAGAUCAAACACUCUCGAUCAUCCCCAUCAAGGUCAAGAUGAUGAUGGUUAUAUUGGGAGAGGGCGCCUUCCAUCAAAAGCUCACACACUUAGUGUACCAAAGCGUAAUGUUUAUGGUGUUAGUAUUUCUGAUGGCGAAAGUAGCGAUCGUUCAUCAGCUUCAGUAUCAUCAAAUUUUUUACAACAAAAAGAAAAACUUAUCUCUACCGCUAGUGAAUUUGGAGCGAGUGCUCUUAAAAAAGCGAGCGCUUUCUAUAAACAAUCAAAAGAAGUAGUAAAUAAAGCAUUGGAAGAAUUGCAAGAUUCUGAAGAAGAUUUUAGUAGAAGACCUAGGUGGAUGCAAGAGAAUAAUUUUCAAUCUGAUGAUGAUUUUCCGGGAAAUAAGUUUGAACGGGUUGAAGAAAGAUUUCAAGAUAGUUUUGAUGACAGUAGCAGUGAUGAUGAUAUUGGUCGUCGUCCGGUAUCCGGAAGACAUCGAUUCGUUUCUGUUUCUUCAAACGCAAAAGAUAGCAGUGAAGAUGACCUACCCGCGCCUGGUCAAAAUAAAUUUAUCCCAGUAUCAUCAAGGCUUAGAGAUAGUAGUGAUGAUGAUGUACUAACAGAUCGAAAUAGAUUUGGUAUAGCAUCUUCCAAUCUUAGAGAAAGUAAUGAUGAUCGUUACCGUCCUUUCUAUCGUAGUGAAUUAAAGAAACCAUCGAAACCAAUUGUGCCUUCACGAUCCACAAAACCGGAUAUAAAUACAUCCGACUCGACUUAUAUCUCACCUGCCCGUCGACGACCAUUAUCAAAUAAUUUACAGUUACCUGUUCGCGAAUCUUCAUCGAUUCAUGUCGAAAAACCUUCAAAACCUCCAAGAUCCGUAGUUUUUGCUUCACCUGAGCAUUUGAACAAAUCUGAGAUUCAUAAAACAAAUGGAAAUGAACUUUUUAAACUUGGUCAAUUUGGUGAAGCUGAACAACUUUAUUCUUUGGCUAUUGAUUCUCUUCCAUCAAAACAUUUAUUACGUGCUAUUUUAUAUAAUAAUCGAGCAGCUGCUAAAUUAAAGAAUGGUGAUCAUCGUGGAUGCGCGGAAGAUUGCACUCUAUCACUUCGGUUAAUUGAUGAUUAUUCCUUACCACCUCCUCCCGGGGUUUCGAUUAAUUUGAAGGAUCAGUAUACAAAAGCAUUAUUUCGGAGAGCUUCUGCUUAUGAAAUCAUGGAAAAAUACGAAAAUGCAAGAGACGAUUAUCAAAAGUUGAUUAGCGCUGAUCCAAAUAGUGGUAAAAACGUGAGCGAUGGAUUGAGACGAUGUCAAAAAGCCAUUAAAAUAAUAAGUGGUGAAACAGGAAUCAAGGGAGAAAAUCACUCUCCCCCAAUAUUGUCAAAUAAGUCAUCAAAACAUUACGAAUUUAAUGAGUUCAUGCUCUCAGAUACUUCAAUAUCUACAGGUUUAGCACGAUCAGAAACUCAAAGUACAUUUGGAGCACCCCUAAAUGCAUUUGGAUUUAUCGAUCCUAUGGAAUCUAAUAAUUCAGCAACAUCUUCGACAUAUGUUGACCCUAAUAUUCCAGCUGUUGCUAAACUACGAGAUCAAACUCGACAACAAGAGCUCGAAGAUGCAGAAAAACUAAGAUUGAAAGAUCAAGUCGAUCAAAAGAUAUUGCAAUGGAAAGGAGGCAAAGAAACAAAUAUUAGAGCUUUAAUAAGUAGUCUUGAUAUUGUUUUAUGGGAUGGCGUUGGAUGGAAAACGAUAGGACUACACGAAUUGGUAACUCCUUCACAAGUUAAAGUUAGAUAUAUGAAAGCUAUUGCUAAAGUUCAUCCUGAUAAGUUAAGUUCAUUAACUACAAUAGAACAAAAGUUAUUGGCCAACGGUGUAUUUUCUACUUUAAAUGAUGCUUGGGAUGUUUUUAAGGUUCAAAAUCAUUUAUAA